CUCCAACUUACUAGUCGGCUGUGUUACGGCAAAGUACAAAGUUCUGAAUAUGAGUUUCCUAGAGUUUCUGCUCAUUCUGCUGCUGCUUUAUUAUGUCGUCUAUGUGCUGCUGUGGAUCGUGCUCGACUGCAAUGUAGCGCUGUGGUACAAAUCGCGCUUCGGUGUCUCGCUGUCCACAAUGCGGGGACAGGUGGUUUGGAUAACGGGUGCCUCGAGUGGCAUUGGACGCGCGUUGGCCGUCAGCCUGGCCCGACAUGGCGUCCGUCUGGUGCUGAGUGCCCGACGUGUGGAUCAGCUGGAGCAGGUGCAAGCCGAGUGCUUGAAGGUGGCACGUGGGCUGCUUGCCACCAAGGAUGUCCUGAUCCUGCCCAUGGACAUGUUGCAGCUGGACAAGCAUCAAUCCUGCCUCUUCACGGUACUCAAUCACUUUGAUCGUCUCGAUGUGCUGGUCAACAAUGCUGGACGCUCGCAGCGUGCCAGCUGGACAGAGAUUGAGAUCCAGGUGGAUCGGGAUCUCUUCGAGCUGGACGUGUUCUCUGUGGUGCAUCUGUCGCGUCAUGUGGUCCGCUAUUUCAUGGAACAGAACGGCGGACGUGGUCACAUUGCGGCCACCUCGAGCAUAGCCGGAUUCAGUCCGGUUCCCUUCUCGGCCACCUAUUGUGCCGCCAAGCACGCAUUGAAUGCCUAUCUCAUGGCCCUGAAGACGGAGAUCCGUAAACUGGAUGUCACCAUCUUUGCUCCAGGUCCCAUUGCCACGGACUUUCUGCUGGAGGCAUUUACGGGCGAGCAGGGCGGCAAAGUGGGACAGAGCACGGCCAACCAAAAGCGUCUUACGGCGGAGAGAUGUGGCGAACUCUUUGCCGUUGCCUUGGCCAACAAAAUGGAUCUCACCUGGUGCGGCCUGUUUCCGGUUAAUCUGAUGGCCUAUUGUGCCCGUAAUGCGACUCUUACCAAAGUCCUGGGACAAUUUAUGACCGAGAAGACCUUGAACAAAAUUCGCGAAGGAAAACUGUAACUUCACACCACUGUGCCACUUUUGAAAAGUACCAUUUAUCAUACAAGUGUACCAGCCCCUUAUAUACGAAAUUUUACCAUUUUGAUGGAAAAGUAAAUGUACAAUAUUAGGUACAAAUGUAACAG